UUGGUGGCACCGUGUUCAGUGGCUGCACACCGCCAUGACCCGGAUGAAACCAACUAGCUAAUCGUGUACAAGCUCUGGCCAUCGAUGGCGCAAGUGAUUCGCUCCAUGGCACCUCAUCAAGAAACUCGUAGUGGGGGCGAAGUUAAGCUUCGCGGGCUGGUAAAUAAGCUUUGCUGACUCAAAGCUUGGAGGGAUGAAGAUGUGCAACGGGGCGGCGUACAGACGUGUCUCAGUACUCGCCCAGCCGUCGUCCACCGAUGUUUUGUGACUGAAGGAAUCAUGGAAGGUAUUCGCGCGUUCGUGGCUCCAUGGGCUCUUCGAAAGUGUUUCUCCUUCCCCCCUGUACGCGCAAGCCCGCUAGAUGACGUUGAACUUAUCGGCUUCCAGCUUGGGUAAUCAGCCUCUCUCGCACAAUAGGCCCGGAUUCGACCGCAGCAUCCCCCGGGUAUACCUGCAUAGGCAUAGGUAUGCUGUCAUACUGCGUCCUGUACAAGAUCAAUACAAGUUGGUAUUCUAUUCGUGCUCGGGCGAAUUUCGACGUCCCUUCUUCUCGUAUUUACAAUAA